UCAAGUGGUUGGCAGCAGAACCAGGUGAUACUUAAGGUGCCUCCAUGGCCUUCUGGAACUCCAUGGGUGGGCAAAAGAGUCACUGAUUACCUGGGCACGGAAUGUUGUAACCGGUUGCCAGGGGCAUGGAAUGUUGGAACUGGUUACCAGGGGCACAUCUGCUCCCAAGGGUCUGUUGACACAGCGUCCCUUGAGCCAGUUGACGGAUUCUCUGCUGCGCAGCAGGCACAGAGAAUCUGUCUUCUCCAUCCCAGGUGGGAAUAGAGAGAGAUUUGGUGCCAUUUGCGAGCCAAACUCUGGACUGACCGUACUGGUGAGUACAGGCAAGUCUUGAAAGAGCAUCUGCUGCUGAGGGGCUGGGCUGGGCUGCAGGAAUGGCUGCAGGUGGGCUCAAGUACCAGAGUCACAGACUUCCCAUCCAGCUUUGGGCAGCAACUGAAGCUCAGGAAUGGGAGUGUCGAGGUAUGGGAUUGUUCAAGGAAACUGGCAUUCCAAAUAGAUAAUCUCCCCUCUACUUUUCUGAUAGGUUUGGAAGAGCUGCUUUCUCUAACUGCAAAAAAUCUGCAGUGGGCUACAGAAAGGAAUCUAAGGGAUUGAUCACAUCUCUGGCAUUCCUUAAUUGGUGUUCGUCCUACUUACUUUGCUGGUGCUUUUUGAUCAUAGAACACCAUGAGCUCACAUCAGCGAAAGCGCCCUGGAGGAGCAGCUGAUUCCCGGCCAGCUUGGAAACGGAGCAGGCUGCAGCCCUCCAGCAAAGGUGGAACGUCGCAGACAGAGCUGGUAGACUUUGAGCAAAGUGGUUCACCUGCUUUGGAGCCUGCUGCUAGACAACUCAUAGACCUCAUCAGUGAAUCUUCUGUGCCUGAGGUCACCAUUAUUAUCAGUGAUGAUGAGUCUCCUAUGGACAGGGAGCAGAGCCAGCAGCAGCCACAUCUUUCCAGAGCAUCAGAGAAGUCAGCUGAGCCACAGGAGAGGGCAGAUGAAGAGGAACCACGAGAAGAUGAUGGAGAGGCUGAGGAUUCUGCUGCGCUGUGGGCAAGUGAAAACGAAGAGGAAGCAAGAGAUGACAAUAGUGCCCGGACAGAAAAUGUCCUUAGUCCUCUGCAUUGCGAGGAUGACAACCCAGAGGACUUGGAAGACAGCCAGCCAUACCCACUUGGUUCCAGAGCAGCAGAGAAGGCAGAUGAAGUACCUGCCAAUGAGAAUGGAGAGGAGCCACAAGAUAUUGAAUUAAGGCCCUCUGGAAGUCUCCUCUGCGUAAUUUGCAAGAGUUGCUACACACAGCUUCAUGAAGUUUAUGAGCGGCGAAGGACAAAUGCCACCCUGGACAGAUGCCAGCAGGUGGACGGCUCUGGUAACGGAACAGGAGCUAAUUAUGCACCUGUGGCUGACUCAGGCCCUGCAGAACAGGGAGCAGCAGAGGAGGGAACUGCACGUUCACAUGCACAGCAAGGAGUUGUUAUUCGGUGUCCAAUUUGCAUGGAUUUUUACUCAGAGAUUGUGCAAAGUGGACGACUGAUUGUGGCAACCAUGUGUGGCCACCUCUUCUGCAGCGGGUGCCUCCCUGUUGCCUUGGAGACUGUCGGUGUGUGCCCAACCUGCCGAAUGGAACUUACUCCAGAUCUGUAUUUUCCCAUCUAUAUAUGAGUGUGUCUGCUCCUCAGGACAGACUCAGAUGGAUCUUGGAGAAUAGGUGAAGCAGA